AUGUCCAAUGCGCUACCGGCCAAAGAAGACCAUGUGGACGUUCUCAUCGUUGGGGCCGGACCCGCAGGCCUCAUGCUGGCAAACUGGCUGAGCCGAUGCGACAUCAAGACGAGAAUUGUGGACAAGCGCGGCACCAAGAUCUUCAAUGGCCAGGCGGAUGGCCUGCAAUGCCGCACCCUGGAGAUUUUCGACUCGUUUGAUUUUGCCCACCGUGCCUGGCGAGAAUCAAACCACAUGCUCGAGAUGUGUUUCUGGAACCCUGACAAGGAUGGCAUUCUGCGACGAUCGGACCGAAUUCCGGAUACCAUCCCCGGGAUCAGUCGCUUUCAGCAGGUGGUGCUGCAUCAGGGUCGCAUUGAACGGUUCUUUCUCGAUUCCAUUCAAGAGCAUAGCGAGAUCACGGUCGAGCGUGGCGUGUUGCCGACUACAUUCGAGUUCGACGAGUCGAAAGCCGCAGAUUUCGAGGAUUAUCCGAUCAAGGUCACAUUGCGCACGUUGUCUGAGGAAGAGGCUGCUCCCGCUCAGCGACAGCAGCACCACAGAAGAGCCGACGGCACACAGGCAGUGAUCAGUGACGGGCUUUUCCGAAGUAAUCUGGCUGCGGACGACACGGAUGAUCUCAUUCGUGCAGCAAAGGCCAAUACCAAUGGCAGCUCCGGCGAGACAGUGAAAGCGAAAUUCAUGGUGGGUUGCGACGGCGCGCAUUCCUGGGUGCGGCGCCAGCUGGGCUUCAAGUUAGAGGGGGACUCCACGGACUAUAUCUGGGGCGUACUCGACAUUGUGCCCAUCACCGACUUCCCAGAUAUCCGCUAUCGGUGUGCCAUUCACUCGGCCAAUGCGGGUAGCGUGAUGGUCAUCCCCCGGGAAAACAAGCUUGUCCGAUUGUACAUCCAGUUGCAAACGACCGAGCAUGCGCAGACGACAAACAAGGCGGAUCGGUCAUGGAUUACCCCCGAGAUUAUUCUGCAAUCUGCGCAGCGCAUCAUGCAUCCAUAUAAGAUAGACUACACGUACUGCGACUGGUGGACUGCCUACCAGAUCGGGCAGCGGGUGGGGGAUCAUUUUUCUCUACGAGAGCGAGUCUUUCUGGCUGGUGAUGCGGUGCACACACACUCGCCCAAGGCAGGGCAGGGUAUGAAUGUAAGCAUGCAGGAUACAUAUAAUCUGGGGUGGAAGAUCGCGCAUGUAGUCAAAGGGCACAGUGAGGGGUCGAUUCUGAGAACAUAUCAAUCAGAGAGAAGACGGGUGGCGCAAGAUCUGAUUGAUUUUGACCACCGGCUGUCAAGAUUAUUUUCAGGUCGGCCAGCAAAGGACGCCGCGGACGAAGGGGUCAGCAUGGAAGAGUUUAAGAACGCAAUGGAGAAGGGGAAUGAAUUUGCCAGCGGGAUUGUGGUCAAUUAUGGUACUAGCGUAAUCGUUGCGAAGGAAGGCGACUCUGUUGAACAGGGAGACGGUACUGAAGUUGCUGCCAACCUCCAAUGCAGAGUGGUCAGCAAGACUCAUCUGGCCACCAGGAUCGACAUCGGCAAGCGGAUGCCAAGUUUCAAGGUGCUGAACCAAUCGGACGCUCGUCCAUGGCAUCUGCAGGAGCUCUUGAAAAGCAACGGACGAUGGCGGAUUAUCGUGUUCCCUGGCCAACUGAGCAUGCCCGAAAAUAUGCAGCGCAUGCAAACGCUCGGUGUCCAGCUCGGCAGUCUGGACUCAUUCCUUCGCCAGUACACCCCGUCUGGCCAGCCAAUUGACAGCUGUAUUGAAGUUCUCACGGUCCAUGCUGGACCGCGGACAGGCCUCGAACUUCUCGAUUUGCCGGAGGCUUUCCAUCCAUUUGAUGAGCAGACGGGCUGGGACUAUUGGAAGGUCUUCGUUGAUGAUCAAUCCUACCACGAGGGACACGGACAAGCAUAUCUCAAUUACGGCAUUGACCCUAGCCACGGCGCCGCCGUUAUUGUGCGACCGGAUCAAUACGUGAGCUGGGUUGGUGAAGUGGAUGAUUAUGACGAUAUGGCGAGGUUUUUCUCCGGAUUUAUGAGGGUUCAAGCGGCCGCAACACCUAGGACUGAGAAUCGUCCAACAACAUUCGCUGCGGUCGGGAAACUGUAA